AUGCGUUUUAUCGGACUAGCCUACAUUCAUGGUAAGCGCCUUCCACCUGUGGCAAAACGAACGUCGGCAGUUCGCACAUCCAUUCACCGCCCAGUUGUAGUGGCAACCAUUGAUGUCGAUGUCGACCAACAUCUGCGUUAUCGAGAGCCAAAUUCCAACGAGACAUCAAGUCCCUCAGAGACUUUGCUUAAGGAUUCUCCAGCGCUUCUUCCCCAGACUCUUGAGCUUAGUCGGAAAACUGACAAGCAAGUGAUUUAA